AUGCCAGAGGAGCGGACAGGACUUAGAGGAGGAUGUGGGAUGGGGACUUUGCCGGAGGCCGAGUGUGCAUCGAGUCCUCUAGCAACAAGCGUGGACCGAGCCGAGGGCGACGAGGAGCUCACGAACCUCAACUGGCUUCACGAAAACCUGCUUCAGAACUUCACGCUGGGUGGUCCAGAAGCUCAGCCCAGUGCCAGCCCCCUGCUCGACAUAGAAGGAGACUACGGAGACCAGGGACCCUCGGGCACCCCUCCACACGACCGAAUGGGGCAUGCAGUCAAAUCAAAGCCGCCAUUUUCUUUUUCGCUCCUAAUCUACAUGGCCAUCGAGCAGUCGCCUCGAAAGUCCCUCCCGGUGAAAGACAUCUACGGCUGGAUCCUAGAGCACUUCCCGUACUUUUCCAACGCGCCAACUGGCUGGAAGAACUCUGUGCGUCACAACCUGUCUCUGAAUAAAUGCUUCCGCAAAGUGGAUAGGAGUUUAGGAAAGGCCAAUGGGAAAGGCUCGUUGUGGUGCGUUGAUCCCGAGUAUCGUCCGAACCUGAUCCAAGCCCUGAAAAAGCAGCACUUCCCUGCCGCACAUGCCUUCUGCACACCUCCUGCCUCCCCACCCAGUGCCUCCUCGCCACCUCGUCAUCUCCUUCUACAAAGCUGCUCAUUUAAAGAGUCUGACAUUGACGCUGCCACUGCCAUGAUGCUCUUAAACUCUGCCCCCGGGCACCACGACCCAUGUAACUCGGACGUCCCUCUGGACCUGUCCCGCCCGGACUCGGUGCUGGUAAGCAGUGACCCGAAGCAGGACCACAACUACAGCAGCAUGGCCCUUCAGCGGUGCUCCUCGCGCUCCUCCUCCUCCUCGCUAUCUUCUCUGGAUGAAGACGGCUGCGAUCGCUCCCAGUCUGUGCGUGCGGGCAGCGAGGGCUUCCACAGCGAGGAGGACAUGGACCUGUGGGACGACAAGGGAAUGCAGCUGUCGCUCCCCCGCCGCCCGGCCCCCAUCAAGUGGCCCAUGAGCAAACGGGCACGCCACGAGAUCAAGGUGGAGCUGGACGAGGAGCUAAAGGAGGCCGCCGGCUCGCUGCUACAUUUGGCCGGGAUCCGCAGCUGCACAGAGGGCUCCAAACGCAAGAGCACAAAACACCAUCGAAAAUAA